AUGGCGUCAAACAUCCUCCUCAUCCCUCUCCGCCGCAGCCACCCCAUCUCCCUCUCCACGGCCAUGAAGCAGUAUAUCUCGAACAAAUACGACCAACGGCCCGAGAUGUUCGCUGAGGACCUGCUGAUUAUCGACAGGCUGCGCAUGGAUGCGAUAAACGUCCAGGAACCACAUAUUAGUGGCAUCAGCCGGCUAGUGACAUACGCAGCGCAGUUGAAGUGGCUGGGGGGGAAGUUCCCUAUUGACGUUGGUGUGGAGUUUUCAUGGUAUCCGGCUCUAGGGUUUAAUACGUCGAGGCCUAUCUCCCAAAACAACCUCCGCUUCGAGCUUGCGAACAUCCUCUUCAACCUCGCAGCUCUCUACUCCCAGCUCGCCGCCUCCCUAAACAGCACAAACCCUGACAACCUGAAAACAGCCUGUAAAUACCUCUGCAACGCCGCCGGCGUCCUCGUGCACCUCCGCACAGAUAUCCUGCCAGACCUCCGCUCCUCCCGGCCAGAAGAUAUGGACGAAAUGACCCUGCGCAGCCUCGAAGAGCUCCUCCUUGCUCAAGCUCAGGAAUGCUUCUGGCAAAAGGCCGUCAAAGACGGGCUGAAAGACGCUUCCAUAGCCCGCCUGGCGGCGAAGGUAUCGGACCUCUAUGCCGAAGCGGGCGAUUGCGGUGUCAAAUCUGACGCUAUCAGCACCGAGUGGAUCCACCACAUGACGGCUAAACACCACCAUUUCGCUGCUGCGGCGCAAUAUAGACAGUCGCGCGAUUGUCUGGAGAAGCAGAAAUAUGGCGAGGAGGUUGCGCGGUUGCGCGACAGCGUGGCGUGUGUGAACGAGGCGCUGAAGGAGAGCAAGUGGAUUAGUCGGGUGGUGCUGGGGGAUUUGAAUGGGCUGAAAGCGCGGGUGACGGAGGAUCUGAAGCGGGCAGAACGUGAUAAUGAUAAAAUAUAUUUGAUCCCUGUGCCGCCCAAGUCGGAGCUGAAGCUGCUGGAUCGCGCAAACAUGGCCACUGCGAAGGCGCCGGUGGAGGUGACGGAUGCGCUGUCCAUGAUUGGGGAAGGGUUGCCGUUGGGGAAGCCGCUGUUCGCCAAGUUGGUGCCGUAUGCGGUGCAUGUUGCGGCGAGUAUUUACGUGGAGAGGCGGGAUAGGCUUGUGCAGCAGGAGAUUGUGGGCGGGGUGGAGGAGAUGACCGCUCAUCUUAAGGAGUUGCUCCAAUCUCUCAACCUUCCAGGCUCGCUGCAGGCUCUCGAAAAACCCCUAGGUCUGCCGCCAUCGCUUCUCUCGCACGCCGAGGAAAUACGCCAGCAGGACGGCUUCAAUCGGCUUCGUCUCUCGCUGAAGGACACCGCAAAGCUCAAAGCAAACGACAAGGCCAUCUUCACCGAGGGCGUCGAGCUGCUCAUGGCUGAACGUGACGAAGACGACCGCGCCCGCGCGAGAUACGGCACGGAUCGGUGGACGCGCGAGCCGUCCGAAGUCGCUGGCAAGAAACUGUACACGCAAGCGGAGGAGAUCCAGGGCUACCUGGCCUCUGCAGAGAACAGUGAUAAGCUCGUUGAGGAGAAGUUGCGGGACACGGAGAAGGUGUUGCGGGUUCUCACGGGAACAAAUCGGGACAUCGAGGCGUUUGUGCCGAGUAGUCGGAAGGCGAAUAUGACGGAGGCGGUUGAGAGGGAGGCUGGGAGGCUGAGGGGCUGCUUGAAUGAGGUGGGCAGGUUGGAAAGUCGGAGGAGGAGGAGGAUUGAGGCUUUGAGGGAGAAGGCCAGGGGUGAUAGUUUUACGGAUUUGGUGCGGAGGUUUCGCGAGGAUUGUAUGGGAUUUGUUAGUGGGAGGAGGGUGGAGGCGGGGGAGCUGGAGACGGACAUUACGAAUACCAGUGCGAUGGCUUCGCUCAGCAUAUCGCAGAAUCAAAAGCAGGAACAGGAACAAAAUCCAUUCCCGCCACCUCCCGCGUCUACAAUUUUAUCGCCAACAGCCGUAGCGGCAGCGAAUGCAGCCAUCCACCACCACCACCAGCAGCAACACCAACACCAACCAUUCCACGGCCGUCAGCAUCAUCAUCCCCCGCGCCAAAAAUCCCCCCUGAAAUCCACCCGCUCACCUACAUCCGGCCAUACCCCUUUCACCCCAUCAACCACCACAUCCUCAUCGCCAGUAGCAGCCUCCGCCGCCGCCGCCGCUGCAACGACAGCAACAACAGCAACAACAACGUCACAACCUCAACCUCAACCUCAACCCCGACCACCAACCAAAGAAAGCCCCCUCACCGCCCCACAACCAACCCGCGCCUCCAUAAUCCCACCACCAAUCACCAUGCCCCUCCCCACUAUGCCCACAGGAGGCAUGUGGUCGCCGGAGAUGGGGAUUAAGUUUGGAUCUUCCGCACCCGCACCGGCACCGGCUUCACAGAUACCGAUGAAUGGGCCGGACCAAGCCGAGCAGCAGACGCAGGCUCAGGCUCAGGCUCAGAUGGUGUCUCCGAUGCCAAUGCCGAUGUCGACGUGGGACCCGAGUCGGGGGGUUAGGUUUUCGUAG